AACACUUUCAGAGCUUGUCCUAAAGCUAAGCUCUCUCUAGAACUACAUUUGCUGUUAGGUAUGGCGAUUCCAGUCAUCGACUUCUCAAAGCUGGAUGGCAAGGAAAGGGCCCAAACUAUGGCUCAGAUCGCCAAUGGAUGCGAAGAAUGGGGAUUCUUUCAGCUGGUGAACCAUGGGAUUCCAGUGGAGCUUCUCGAACGAGUUAAGAAGGUGAGCUCUGAAUGCUACAAGCUGAGAGAAGAAGGCUUCAAGAAAUCCAGCCCUGUCCAAUUGUUGAACAAAUUGGAGGACCAGGAAGUUGAGGAGGGUGCAAUCAAGCGGUUGGAUGAUGUGGAUUGGGAGGAUGUGUUUUUCCUCCAGGAUCAAAAUGAAUGGCCAUCCAACCCCCCUGAGUUCAAGGAAACCAUGAAGGAAUACAGGAGAGAGCUCAAAAAGCUAGCUGAAAAGGUGAUGGAAGUAAUGGAUGAGAACUUGAGCUUGGAGAAGGGCUACAUAAAGAGUUUGUUCUCUGGCAAUGGCGUGCAUGAGCCCUUCUUUGGGACCAAGGUGAGCCACUACCCACCAUGCCCACGCUUGGACCUUGUGAAUGGCCUCCGUGCUCACACCGACGCCGGUGGUGUCAUCCUCCUCUUCCAAGACGAUCAAGUUGGCGGCCUCCAGAUCCUUAAAGAUGGCGAGUGGAUUGACGUUCAGCCUAUUGCCAAUGCCAUUGUGAUCAACACCGGAGAUCAGAUAGAGGUGCUCAGCAAUGGGCGAUACAAGAGCGUGUGGCACCGCGUGCUCGCCACCAGCAAUGGUAACCGCCGCUCCAUUGCCUCCUUCUAUAAUCCUUCCCUCAAGGCCUCCAUAGCUCCAGCAGCCACCAAAGAAGAGGCUGAUGCUUUGUAUCCUAAGUUUGUUUUUGGGGAUUACAUGGAUGUGUAUGUCAAGCAGAAGUUCCUUCCCAAGGAGCCAAGGUUUGAAGCAGUAGCAGCUAUGUGA